AUGCCUCAAUAUGCCAAGUUCAUGAAGGAGAUACUUUCUAAGAAAAGGAAGUUGAGUGAAGAGAAUGACAUCGUUGAGCUUACUGAGGAGUGUAGCGCUAUUCUGCAAAAGAAGCUUCCACCUAAACAAAGGGACCCAGGUAGUUUCACUCUACCUGUUAAUUUUGGGGCUUCAAAGGAAGUGAGAGCUUUAUGUGAUUUGGGGGCAAGCGUCAACUUAAUGCCCCUAUCAAUGUUCGAGCGACUUAAUGUUGGAGAGCUGAAGCCAACAAUGAUGAUGCUUCAACUAGCAGACCGCUCCAUGGUGACUCCUUGGGGAGUUGUUGAAGAUGUGCUAGUGAGAGUAGGAGAGUUUGAGUUCCCGGUGGAUUUUGUGAUAAUUGAUAUGGACGACGACUCUAAAAUACCAUUGAUUAUGGGAAGACCGUUCCUAGCCACUUCACAAGCGAAAAUAAAUGUGGGAAAAGGAACAAUAUCUUUAAGGGUAGCUGAUGAGAAAAUCACUUUCACCAUAUUUGACCUGAAGCCAAAGAAAAUUGAGAAGAAUGAUGCAUUCUUGGUAGAGAUGAUGGACGAGUGGAGUGAUGAGAAGUUGAAGCAGUUCUUCCUUAAAGAAAAAGCUGGAGCAUCAAAUAAGAAGAAAAAGAAAACAACGCAGAGCGACCAAACUGAGAAAGUCUACUCAAUGAGCAUGGUUGUCAACUCAGAGCAGAAGGAGGAGAACCCGGGAAAUCAAGCUGAACCAGUUCAUCUUGAAAGCGUUGUGGCCAACAUGGAGCGGAAAGAGGAGAAAGCGAAAGGAGAGCCCUUCAUAUGGAAGCCAAAACAUAAGAAAGAUGAGAAACCUCCUAUCCCUUUUAACUCCAAAUUGAAUAACUGUGUUCACGCUUUUGAGAUUGCUUGCAAGAACAUGGUGAAAAUGUGUGCUGAGUUUAAGGAACCUGGAAGUGCAAUGCACUAUGGGGUAAACCCCGGAUAG